AUGGUGCUUCCUGCCGUUGCCUCAUGAGCUGGCCUUUGUCUUAAGGCGAACCGGGAGUCCAAGAACACAGGCCAGAGCCGUUCCUAUUUGAGAAUUUUUAGAAAUUGGAACAAAGGCAUAGCAUAUUCGGGAAUAUUCGGAGAUCCGGGCACGCGCGGUGGCGGACGGACGGAGAGGUGGAGGAUAAAUUUCGAAUCGAAUCGGCGGAAACGCUACGCUAUCUUUGGCCUUAUAUUCCUCUCUUCCCUCCCCCCCAAAUCCAAUCCAUCCGUCAUCCCUUCCCCCAGGCCCCAGGAGCGGGCACGCAACUCUAGGGAGCAAGGGAUAAAUCUUUGGAAGGAUCAUCCAACAGCAAGAGAAAAGAAGAAUAAAAAGGGAGGAAGAAAGGGAGGCCUCUUCUUCUGCGACGCUGGGCUUGGCUGUCGACACCUUCGGACAGCCGAGCCGGGCCCCAGCUUCUCCCAUUUCCUAGGUUGGUGGGUCGCAAUCCUACAAGAAUCAAAUAGCCACGAAGCCAUCCUUGGCAUGACAAGGAGCCGACCAAAUCUCCAACCUGAUGGCUUCCCUUUUCGGCGUCCUCCACCGGCCUUUCUCCACCGCCGCCGUCGUCGUCCUCGCCGCCGUGUCGACGGACCUCCCGGACCGCUUCUCUCCCUCCAAACCAUCAGAACCCAACGCUGCGUCGCCGCCCGGCACAUCAGCAGGAUCAGAGCCUCCGGCGCACCACCACCGGAUUACCUUUACUAAUCUCUCAGGCCUUUCUUUUAUCUCCAAGGCUCAGGCCGAUGUCCCCGUUCAAAAACCGAGCCUCCACCAUGUGCCGGAUUCUCUGUUUGGAUUGCAUUCGAUCCCAGCUGCUUCACCUCCCGUGCAGCUUCAGACCGUGUAUCAAUAUGCUAAGUUAGCUAAACCUGCGAAGAAUGACGAUUCCGUGCUGUUAUUUCCUUCGUCCCCGUCGGAGGUUCUGUACCGAUGGCAUCUCCCGGACCCGAGAGCGUACGGGGCGUCAGGGGAUGAUGGGUGCUCGGCUGCCAAGUCUCAGACGGUCGUGGUUUUGCUCGGGUGGCUGGGAGCGAAGCAGAAGCAUCUCAAGAGAUGUGCGGAGUGGUACACUUCGAGGGGGUUUCAUGCUGUGACAUUUACCUUCCCCAUGGCGGAUAUCAUGAGCUACAAGGUUGGCGGGAAAGCCGAGCAGAACCUUGAGUUGCUUGCUGACCAUCUCGCCGACUGGGUCGCGGAGGAGGGUGGGAAGAACUUGGUCUUCCAUACUUUCAGCAACACUGGAUGGCUAACCUAUGGUGCUGUACUUGAGAAGUUUCGGAAGCAGGAACCUUCUGUAAUGGGGAAGAUCAAAGGUUGCAUUGUCGACUCGGCCCCUGUUGCUGCCCCUGACCCACAGGUUUGGGCUUCAGGUUUCUCUGCUGCUUUUUUGAAAAAGCAGAGUGUAGCAACAAAAGGAAUGCUGGUUUCAAAUGGAUCUGGGAGUGACAUGAUGGUUGCUGCUGAUGCUGGUUUGAAACCUAAGCCAUCUGUCAUGGAGGUUGCUUUGCUGGCAGCCUUGGAAAAGUUUUUUGAGGUUGUCCUGAACCUUCCUGCUAUCAACAGGAGGCUUUCAGAUGUUUUGGAUGUGUUAUCAUCAGAGCAACCAAAGUGUCCUCAGCUGUAUAUAUACAGCUCAGCUGACAGAGUUAUUCCAGCAAAAUCGGUGGAAUCAUUUGUAGAGAGGCAGCGGAGAGCCGGGCAUGAGGUUAGGGCAUGUGAUUUUGUGUCCUCACCUCAUGUUGACCACUUCCGAAGCCAUCCAGGUCUCUACACUUCUCAGCUCACAAACUUCUUGGAGGAUUGUGUGCCUGCCUGUUGCAAAGAUUCUUCAUAAGUUUUAUUUAUAUAUAUAUAUUAUGUAUGUAUGUAUAAUUUUUGUUUUUAUUUUUAUUAUUUUGUGAUGCUUUCAUUCUUUUCCUGGCAUUGAACUGCUCUUUGACAGGCACUAUAUAGUUCAAGAGAUAUUGGUCAACUUUCAUUUGUGUAUACAUCAUGUAAUUUAAUGUAAGAACUUACAAGAAAAGGAAAUAUACUCAUUUUCCCUUUACAUUA